AUUUAAGAGCAGAUUUACAGUGGUUCAGGAGUAUUGCUGCUAUUACAGAAAUAAUGACAUGAGAGGUGGCUAGUGCUAACAUGUGGUGCCUCCAGUCUCACACCCGAAUGAAAGCACAUACACCCCACAGGGACCCACUGCAGGCUUUUCUACUUUGACCUCAGAAUUCUCUGAUUGACCCUGCACACAAAAACAUUAAUAUUCACACACACCUUCUGUCUUGUCCAACAAUUGUCCUCAUCUUACAUCCUGUGGCGAGCUCCUCUCUUCCUUCCUUAAGGCCUGGAGGUUAAUGUACAAAUGUCUACCUCACGCUUAAAGGUCCUCUCUGUACAACUGCGACCCUGAACACACUACAAAAAUGACCUCCAGCAUAGACCGGGAUGACAGCAGCAUCUUUAUGUUGAUGGAAGAAGAUGAGAAGGACAAAGCAAAAAGAGUUUCUAGGAACAAGUCGGAGAAGAAGAGGCGAGACCAGUUCAAUGUGCUCAUCAAGGAACUGGGCACCAUGUUGCCGGGCAACACCCGCAAGAUGGACAAGUCUACGAUCCUACAAAAGAGCAUCGACUUCCUGCGCAAGCACAAAGAAAUUGCCGCACAGUCUGAGUCGAGUGAAAUCCGUCAGGACUGGAAGCCGCCCUUUCUUAGCAAUGAGGAGUUCACACAGCUGAUGCUGGAGGCACUAGAUGGCUUCUUUUUGGCCAUCAUGACGGACGGAAACAUAAUCUACGUCUCAGAAAGUGUCACGUCUUUAUUAGAACAUCUACCUUCUGAUCUUGUAGAUCAGAAUCUGUUGAAUUUCCUUCCACUGGGUGAGCACUCAGAGGUGUAUAAAGCCCUGUCCACACACAAGCUGGAGGGAGAGACCCUCACCCCAGACUACCUAAAAACAAAGAACCAGUUAGAGUUCUGUUGCCACAUGCUCCGGGGCACGAUCGACCCGAAAGAGCCGCCCGUUUAUGAGUAUGUUAAGUUCAUCGGAAACUUUAAGUCCCUUAACACUGUGCCUAACUCAACACGUAACGGCUUUGAGGGAGUGAUCCAGCGAUCGCUGAGGCCCAUGUUUGAAGACCGAGUGUGUUUCAUAGCAACUGUGAGGUUAGCCAAGCCUCAGUUUAUCAAGGAAAUGUGUUUUGUGGAGGAGCCCAAUGAGGAAUUCACCUCCAGACAUAGUUUAGAGUGGAAAUUCCUCUUCUUGGACCACAGGGCACCUCCCAUCAUAGGCUACCUACCCUUUGAGGUUCUGGGUACUUCAGGGUAUGACUAUUAUCAUGUGGAUGACCUGGAGACCCUGGCCAAGUGCCAUGAACACUUGAUGCAGUACGGUAAGGGGAAGUCAUGCUAUUACCGUUUCCUGACUAAAGGUCAGCAGUGGAUCUGGCUUCAGACUCACUACUAUAUCACCUACCACCAGUGGAACUCACGGCCGGAGUUCAUCGUCUGCACGCACACUGUGGUCAGUUAUGCUGAAGUGAGGGCUGAACAGCGCAGGGAGCUGGGCAUUGAGGAAUCACCUCCUGAGAUCUCAGCAGACAAGUCCCAGGACUCCGGCUCGGAGUCCCAGUUGAACACCUCCAGCCUGAAGGAGGCGCUAGAGCGAUUCGAUCACAGCCGCACACCCUCCGCUUCAUCACGGAGCUCCCGAAAGUCCUCCUCACACACCGCCGUCUCGGACCCUACGUCCACACAGACAAAGCUGCAGACAGACCAUAGCACACCCCCCCGCCAAUCAGUGUCAGCCAUUGAGAUGACAUCACAGCGGAGGUCCUCUAUUAGCAGUCAGUCAAUGAGUUCUCAGAACACAGGACAGACGAUGGCAACAUCUCUUGUGUCUCAGCCUCAGCAGCCUCAACCACUUCAGCCCAGUGUGCAGCCGGUGCUGCAGUUUUCCACGCAGAUGGAUGCAAUGCAGCAUCUUAAGGAGCAGCUGGAACAGCGCACACGCAUGAUUGAGGCCAACAUCCAGAGACAACAAGAGGAACUGCGGCAAAUCCAGGAGGAGCUGCAGAGGGUGCAAGGACAGAACUUACAGAUGUUCUUGCAGCCCGGAGGCAGCAGUCUCAACCUCGGCUCAGUGCAGCUGACGCAGGGAUCAUCCGUGCAGUCAGGGGGCUCUCUGUCCAUGCAGGGGGCGGUGGUGCCGACAGGAAGCCUGCAAUCCACACAUACAGGGACACAACACACUGUUACACAGCAUCCUCAGCAGGCACCGCCACAACAACAGAACCUUCUCAGAGAUCAGAGCUCCAAUCUAACUCAGUCUCAGAGGACGUCUCACACACUGCAGCCUCCUCAGGGAGCACUGCCUGCAUCUUUGUAUAAUACCAUGAUGAUCUCUCAGCCGGCGCAGGCCAACGUUGUGCAGAUCUCCACAAGCCUAGCCCAGAACAGCAGCCCCAGCGGAGCCGCGGUUGCCACCUUCUCACAAGACCGGCAGAUACGGUUCCCUGCUGCCCCACAGCUCCUCACUAAGCUAGUAACCGGCCCAAUGGCGUGUGGUGCAGUUAUGGUGCCUACCACCAUGUUCAUGGGGCAGGUGGUGACUGCGUUUGCCCCGCAGCAGGGCCAGGGUCAAACAAUCAGCAUCACCCAGCAGCCAUCUGCGCAGAUGCAGGAGCAGCAGGCUCAGACGCAGUCACAGACAGCUACAGGAACCGCCCAACAGCAAGGACAGGCCCAGGCUCAGCUUGCCCAGCAGCAAACGCAGUUCCUACAGGCUCCUCGGCUUUUACAUAGCAACCAAUCUGCCCAGCUGAUCCUUCAAGCAGCGUUUCCCCUGCAGCAGCAAGGUACAUUUGCAGCCGCAACACAACAACAACAACAGCAGCAACUGCAACAGCAGCAGCAACAACUGCAGCAGCAGCAUCAACAGCAACAACAACAGCUGCAGCAGCAACAUCAACAACAGCAGCAGCAGCUGCAGCAGCAACAGCAGCAACAACAGCAGCAGCUGCAGCAGCAACUGGCAGCUCAUCGCUCAGACAGCAUGGACCGGUCCAACGCGCCACCUCAGUAGCUGACCGCACGUCAGAGACACAACCAGAUCACCACUGAGCAGUCCUGCAAGCUGAGGGGCUUCUGAGGGGGAUGUUUGGAGCUAAAAAAAAAAAAAAUUGCAGUAUUUGUACUGUACCCUCUCAGAUACCCUUCCACUGCUUAUACAGUAGGUGAAGGGCCAGACCUAAACAGGUGUCCUUUUUUAACCCCGUGCCCUAUCCGACCUGUAGGUAGUUGAUCAACAGCUGCUUGCACUGAAUUCUGGGAGAGGUCCAACCAUGACUGCUGAACUUUCUGCGAGCUGGCAAGGAAUCAGCGGCAUCUGGUUUUCCAUAAACUAUCUCCUCCACAAUAACCAUUUCCCCCUUGUCUCGUAUGCCCAGUGUGUGCCGUCAUCCCUCUUUCACAGGUUUUAUUUAUGCAGAAGGAGCCGCAGACCUGAAGAAGGACAAACUGCACCUCUCUCUUUCUCUCGGGUCUCUCUUUCUCUUCCUCUUUCCUCCUCAUUUUACUUGUCGCAAGUAAUUUGGGUCAGAAAAUAUUUUUAAGAUUGCCACGUGGAUUCAACUUUUAUUGUACAGUUCACCUGUAAAAUAAUGUGUAAAUAUAUGGACAAAAGGAAAGAGAAACUAAUAUUUUAUAUGAUGCAUGA